GAGAUCAGUUCCUGUAAAUUUUAUAUUCAUAUUCAUAUUCAUAUUUAUAUUUAUAUUUAUAUUUAUACCAAUAAUUGCAUCCCAACUGCUAUUUCACCAUCGCUUGGAUUGAUAUUACUUAUCAAUAUCAAUACUAACUUCAAUACUAAUACAGUCAAUUUCUUUAAAUUCAGCUCAUAAAUCUUCUCUAGAUCUUUUUUCUUUUUUCUUUUUUCUGAAAAUUUCAUUAUUUCUCUUUUACUAUCAAUCGACUUCUCUCAUUCUCGCUACAACUUGUUUUUUUCAUUACUUUAUUAUGCACUCUCUAUCAAGAACAAACAAGAAAACAUCUCUAUUCGAAAUAAGACUAAAUGGAACUCAAUACGAUGUUGUAAUCAUAAAAGGCCCAUCUUCUUCUGCUCCUUCAAACUUGCUCACCGGCACAAUUGUUUUGUCGGUCUUGGAACCAAUUCACUUUAAAAAACUAUCCUUAAAGAUCUCUGCCAUCUUGAAAUUAAGAUGGUUUGAUACUUAUGAAACUAUAAAUGGCGAAUUUAAAAAACCUGUUUAUUCGCAAAAGACUUUAUAUGAACACUAUUUGGACAAUAAUUAUUUCUUAAAAAACUUGCAAGACUAUCAAAAGAAUUCAAAUUUAUAUUCUCAUUCUCAUUCUCAUUCUCAUUCAAAUUUAAAUUUAAAUUCAAAUUCAAAUUCAAACUCAAAUUCCUCAACAAAUUUGAAAAAUUUAAACAAAAAAUCUAAAUUUUCUUCUUUUGCUUCCUCAAUGUCCUUAUCAACUUUAACUUCUCCUUUUAUUUUCGAACCUGUAAACCAACCUUCUUCCAAUCCAAUCAAUUUCAACUCUUCAAAUAAUUCAACUUCAAACAACAACCUCAACAACCUCAACAAUGAUCAUCACAACAAUAACACCUCCUUCUUCUUGGAAAAAGGUAACUAUGAAUUCCCCUUUUCUUUUGUUCUUCCUGGAACAAUCCCAGAAAGUGUUCUAGGCCUUAAAAACGCUGUCUUGUACUAUAAGAUCCAAAGCACCCUUCAUAAGGGAAAAUUGUCAAAGGAUAUAUCUGCUACAAAACAUUUACGAGUAAUAAGAACCCUAACUCCAGAUUCCUUAGAACUCGCUGAAACAAUGGCUGUAGAAAAUACAUGGCCCAAGAAAAUAGAAUACUCAAUUAGCAUUCCCUCAAGAGCAAUCGCAAUCGGCUCGGCCAUUCCAAUUACUUUAAAUCUAAUUCCAUUGUUAAAAGGUUUAAAAUUAUCAAGAAUAAAAUUCACUCUAAUCGAAUACAUUCACCUCCACAGUCCUAACCAUAGCCGUAAUCAUGAAAGAAUCCUCGUUCAAAAUGAAAUCCCAGAACCGAAAAGUCACCAAUAUCAUGAUAUUUCCACUGCUUUAAUCGAGCCUCUAUCCAUUGAAAUCAAUCAAAACUUUUCAAACAAACUAACUCUAUCAAAUGAUCGUUGGUCAAUCGAUUUUUUAAUGCAAUUGCCCCUAAGUUUAUCCAAAAUCACCCAAGAUUGCCAUAUCCUCGACCAGUUAAAAGUUCGUCACAAAUUAAAAUUCAACAUUGGCUUGAAAAAUCCUGAUGGUCAUGUCUCUGAAUUAAGAGCUUCCUUACCUGUUAUCCUAUUUAUAUCUCCCCAUGUUGCAAUAUCUUGUAAACAUGAUAUUAACGAGAAUUUCACCGAUUUUGAUGACAAAUUGUUCAAGAAAAAUGAUCACACUACAAAUUCAUUAAAGGACUCAACGGACGAUCAAAUUUUAUUUGGUGAUGUACUCAAUCCUCAAAAACCAAUUCCCUUUGGUACUGCAAUUAUAGCUCCUCCCAAUUAUGGUGAACAUGUUUAUGAUAGACUCUGGUGUGAUGUUCCAACUCCCAAUUUGUGCUCACCAAUUGAAUCAGGUUCCAAUUCUGCAGCAAUAACGCCGUCAGGCUCUAAUUUAAACAUGGCCAGUUCAUCUCACAAUUUGUCUUCUAGCCAUUUAACCAGAAAAUUACAAAACUUGAGAUUGGAGGGAGAAAGAGAUAACGAUAAUGACAAAGACAAUGAAAGAGAAGAAAACACUAGAGUAACAAACAAGAGGUCUGGUAGCCAAGCUACUUUUUUGUUGGGUUCUCCAAUCGAAGAAAAUGAACAUGAAGGCGACUAUUUCAGCACCAAUCGUCAUUCUAUCGAUGUUAACAAUAGUAUCCCAGUAAAUUUGCGAUCAUGCUCUUUACCUCAUUCUCCAGGUGCCUUGGAAAACAACUCCCAUUCAAGAUUUUCUUCCUGGACAGACUUGUCAAAAGUACCUUCUUAUAAAACCGCCAUUAAGAGCGAUCAAUUUGAAAAGAUAUUAGCGCCAUCGUACGAGGAGUCUGUGAGAAACAGAAGAUCGUUUUCAGUAUCUCAUACCAAAAAGUACACCAAAAACCAUCAUAGCUUUGGCUCAUUUAAUCAGCUCACCUCGCUCAUGAAUUCCAGAAAACUUCCCUCUUCCAACAAAACCAGCUCGAUACUAACCAUACCCAACAACCUUCAGCCAGACAUUGGAAUUGCCCACGUCCUAAGCAACACUUCUCUGGGCUCUGACAACUCGUCUAAAAGCGAUAACUCGUCUUCCAGCAACACCUCUUCUUCAGUGGCCAACGACUCAGACAGACCUUCCAUGGAGAAACAACACAGUCCAGCACACACACCAACAGGCCCUCAUGGUGACCCAAACCCACACCCACACAUCAAAACCAGCAACUCCCUCGUCAACCUAUCUAAGAACAUGUUCCACUUGAACAAGGACAAGCCCUAGCCUUAUCUCUUCAGUUUCCUGUUAUCUCUUUCUAUAUCUCUCUAUCUUAUAUCUCUUCUUCCUGUGCUGCCCGCCCCGAUGCGCAUGCGCCGUUUGUGUGUAGACGCGGCGUGCAUGCGGCGCUUUCUGCAUUCGAUCCCUGUGGAAGCGGGAUACUGUCAUUUGAGGCUGUAGCGGAAACACAUCGCUCUGAUUGUUCAAAGAG